AUGACUGAAGUUGAAAUGAGCGAUAUCGACCUGAAAGAAGAGGCUGCCCAGUCUCCGGAGCAGGACGUCGAGACCAAAUCUGGCGACGAAGAGGUGAGUGACGCCGAGCUGGACGUUGAAACCGAGGAGCCUGCUGCUGAGGAGAACGAGGCUGGAGCUACCGAAAAGGACCCCGCAAAUGUUGAUGAUUUGAACGCUUACGACCCGCUGCUGGACAGCGAGGCGUUCCAGCCUCUAUUGGAGAGACGUGACCAUAGCGUGAAAGAGCUGCUCAAUGCAAUGGAUGAGUAUGCUCCGAUAAUUCCCGACGCUGUGACGGAUUAUUAUUUGGCUAAGGCCGGCUUCAAAACCAAUGACGAGCGAGUGAAACGUCUGCUGGCACUCGCAACACAAAAAUUUGUUUCAGAUAUUGCCACAGACGCCUACCAGUUUGCACGGAUUCGUUCGCAAUCCAGUUCUACCAGCAUGGCCAACGCGGCAAGAGCCCGCAACACUCCUGCUGGCAAAGUCGUUUUGACUAUGGAAGAUUUGAGCAAUGUUCUCACAGAGUUUGGUAUUAAUGCUCGUAGGCCUGAGUUUUAUCGCUGA